AUAACAUUUAAUGGCAUGAAAGAUGAUUAUUUAUUCUGAACAGGAAAAUGUAAAAUAAAGGAAGUAUAGGACUAUUUCAAGGCAAUAUCUUGGAAUUAACCUGGAAUAACUUAAAAAUAAAGCACACAUACAUACAGACUGUCACAAUUGUCACAACAGUCACAAUAAUCAGUGGCCUGACUGACAUUUAAACUUAGUCCCUUGUAUUAAAAUUAAUAAGAGUUUCCAUUGAGUUAAUCUGCAGCAAUGAAACAUGUAAAUAACUAACUAACUCUCUGGCAAUUGAAAACUAACAUUACAAUCAAAGAACCCUAAAGAGAUAACUAAUUCACAAACAUGAACAUUUUUUCUCAAAUUGCAGUGCAGAUUUUUCUGCAUGAACAUGCUAGUAAGUCAUAAUAAUUAACAGGUCAUAUGUGCAGCAAAAUAUUCUGAUAUAUUUCAUUCCUACAGAAUGAAUUAAGUUUGAUUUACUCCAAGAUUUUCACAGUAAGUUACUGUUGAAGACUCAACACUUCUCUAUCAAAGCCUGCUAUAUGACACAACCCUGAAAACUGAAUAUUGUCAUUCUGUUAAGUGUAUCAAUGUAGCUAUGUACAGCAACAUGGAAUACACAAAUCUAAAUAUAUAACCCUUUCACAUUUCUACCAGAUGCAAGAAGUAUAAGCUUAAAUAAGAUGGAAAUUAUAUGUUGUUUUGCAUCAGUGUUCAGCUCCCAUUACAAACCAUCCUCUUCCUCUACUGAGUGCCACAAUGAAGUGUUAUGUAACUGCAUGUUCACAUAUUCCUUUUUUAUUUACACAGUGCUCUCUGGAUCAUACAUAUGCCAUUUUCACCUAGGUUUUAACUGAAAAAGCUACCACCAGAUGUCCUCAUUUGCCACUUCUCACCUGUCUAAAUUUAAGAAGCUACUAGCAGAUGGUCUACUAGUACAGUUGGAAAAAUCUGGAACAGUUUCUUUAUUCAUUCUGAGUAAUAUUUCUAAAUUUGUGUAUCUGUUAGUCCUUUUCACAGAUCUGCAAACCCACAGCAAUAGAGGUAGAAUGCAGUCAUCACAAAUAUGUAAGAAACUUCUGACUUUGGACUGAUAGCCUUCUCCUUCUGCCAUGAGAGAAACAGUUUUACAGCUUCUUGAUAAUGAAAAGUAUCUCUGGUCUAGCAGGAAGUCUUUGGUUACAAGAAACAGAGUAUCUUCAGCCAGCCUGGCAGAACAAAUGCAUGCACAAAUUGAUUCUGGAGAUAAGUUCUAUUCAAUUGAAAUAACCCCACCUAUAUCUGUACUGGAUUCAUGUCAGUUGUUAAGAAGCCUUCAAAAUCUGUACAACUGCAGUCCACUGUUCACUGCCAUUACCUGGCACAUCAAAACAUCAGCCAUGCCAGUGCCACCAGUGCUACCAUUUGGCAAACUUCGAGCACUGAGACUUGGUGCAGAAAUAAGCAACAUUAAUUCUGUGCUGCUUCAUUUGUCAAGUGUGGGGCUAACCAAGAAGCAGGUUUGUCAGGUGCUUUGGUAUAUCAGAGACAUGGGCAUAAGGAAUAUAUUUGCUCUUCGAGGAGACAGACCAGAAAGAAACAAUGACUUAAAAUUAGACCGUGGUUUUCCUUAUGCAUCAGAUCUUGUUUCCUUCAUACAAGAACGAUUUGGAGAUUACUUUACAAUCUGUGUAGCUGGUUACCCUUUGGGCCAUCCAGAAGCAGUAUCUUUUGAGCAAGAUCUGGCUCAUCUCAAAGAAAAGGUUGACAAAGGAGCCAGCUUUAUCAUCACACAAUUCUUCUUUAAAGCGGGUGAUUUUGUAAAUUUUGUGCAGUGGUGCAGAAGAAUUGGGAUCACAGUGCCUAUUAUUCCAGGAAUAUUGCUUAUACAGGAUUACACGUCACUCAUUCAUAUUUCGAGUGCAUGCAGUGUGGAAGUGCCAAGGUCAGUACUGGACAUUAUUGAACCAAUUAAAGACAAUCGAGAGGCUGUAAGAAAGUUUGGUGUCCACCUAGCAGUGGAGAUGGUGUCCUAUCUCUUCUCACAAAACUACUCAAAUGCAGCCCAUUUCUUUACCCUCAACAGGCAGCUGUCAGUGAUCGAAACUUGCAAGUGUCUGGGGUUCUGUCUGCUUGAGCCAGCAAGACCACUGAUGCACCAUGAAAGAUGCAAGAAGUCUAAAAGGAUUGUUAAGUUACUUUAGGACCGUGGUUUCCAAACACUAUGAAUGAAGCCUCUUCAAGUCAGCAAAGAUUCGGUGUUCUUCAUAAUUCUGUGUGUAUAAAGAAUGGCAUUUUAAUUUUUAAAAUCAACAUAUAUGAAUAUAUCAAAAGUUACAAAUGUGCAAUAUUAAAGAAUAAAUCUGUGACAUUUUGGGAAUUACAAUCAAUUCAAUUUCAUUACAUGGGGUUUCCCAGAAUAUUUUAGAAUGUGCUGCCAUGUAGUUUGGUAGAUAGGUACCAAAGUCUUGGAGGAGCCCACAAACCAAACUGUGUGGCAUCAUAAACCCAAAGACCAUAGUCUUAAUAGGUAUCUAGAUGUUCACAUGGACCAAUUCAAGAAUAUUAUGUUCAGAUUCUCUAAUGUGAAACAAAGAUACUGACAUAUUUGAUACACGCUCAGAACGACUGAGCUAAUACAUUCCUGGCCAGUAUAGUUGCAGUUUGUGUAGAUUCCAAGUAAUCCACCUGACUACUGGACAUGAUUAACAAGACUGCAAAAGAACAGUGUGUACACUUUACAGGCAUGUGUGGCAGAAGGAAUUAUAAAUGAAAUAACCAAAGUAUGAUGAACUCUUCCCUUAUAAUAAAUAUUAAACUCAAAUAUAGCUAUUCACUUAUGGGUUAUGAUACUCAAACUGGUGAAAAUACAUAGGCCUACUAAAUGAAUAAACAAUCAGUAUUAAAGUUUCAAUGUUUCCCAUUUUACACAAUCUAAAUUAAAAUUAAAUAUAUGCAAAGUGUUUAAUAAAUGCUUUAAAGUCAUACUGUAAUACAGCACUAUGCUCAAACAAUAAAACAAAUCUGAUAUAAAGCAGUUUAAACAGAACAGAAACUUCCUUUUGCAUGUUUUUUCUUAAUUGUGGCUGUGUUAUAGAGGCCACAGUUAACUGUUGAAUGUGAGUGUUCAAAACUGUACACACAACCUCGAAAACUGUAAGACUUACAAAUGAAUUGCACUGGAUAUAUAAUGUAUGUUAAUUUUUUCUGCAACAUCAUUCAAAACAUUUUUCUCUUGGAUAAAUAUUUAGUGCAAUAUGUGCAGAAACACAUGUAGAUAUUCAUGUGAAGUCAUCAUACAUGGCUGAUCUAAAUGAAAACUGAAAUGGCUUGACAAUUUUUCUAAGACUCUCCAAUAUGAAAUUU